AUGAAUAAAGCAGUAUUAACCGAAAGUCUGCCGAUGGCGGUUAAACAACAAGUUGAUCAAGCAGUGCAUCACAAAGAAACGAACAGUAUGUAUCCCAAUUUAAUUGAAAAUAAUGAAGCAAUAUCAACUACAAUCAAUCGGGAAAAGAUCGAAAACAGAAGAAUACAGCAUUUGAAACCAUUGCAGCUUAAUGAAGAUGAAAUGUUUAGUGUUUAUCGCCUGGCAUUACACUACGCAAAUUAUGAACAUAAUUUAAUUAAUAUACUUGGUUAA